UCCACAUCGGGCCAAAACUAUUCUUCCACGUUCAAACAUGCUUCCGACUUACGUUCGCCUUUUUACGGCGGUCUGCGCUCUCGCGACCACUGCCAGCGCCGUCGUUCCUAUUGAGGUCAAGGGAAAGGACUUUGUGAACAGUGAAACCGGUGCUCGGUUCCAGAUCUUGGGUGUCGACUACCAGCCUGGCGGUUCCUCUGGCUUCACCAAGGACAAAGAUCCUCUCAGCGAUCCUGAUGCAUGCUUGCGGGAUGCCGCUCUCAUGCAGCGUUUGGGCGUUAACACCAUCCGUAUCUACAACUUGUCGCCGAGUCUCAACCACGACGAGUGCGCAUCCAUCUUCAACGCAGCUGGUAUCUACAUGAUCCUGGAUGUCAACUCGCCUCUCUAUGGCGGGUACCUUGACAGAACCGACCCUGAAAGCACCUACAACGAUGUCUAUUUCCAGCAGGUCUUUGGUGUCGUCGAAGCGUUCAAAAACUUCCCCAACACCCUGGCCUUCUUCGCCGGAAACGAGGUCAUCAACGAGCAGAGUGUCAAGCAUGUUCCCACUUACGUCCGGGCUAUUCAGCGUGACAUGAAGGAUUACAUCGCAAAGAACCUUAACCGCAGCAUUCCUGUUGGGUACUCUGCUGCCGAUAUCCGUCCCAUCCUCAUGGACACCCUCAACUACUUCAUGUGCGCGGACGACGCCAAUUCCCAAUCGGACUUCUUCGGCCUCAAUUCCUACUCGUGGUGCGGCAACUCGUCCUACACCAAGAGCGGCUACGAUGUCCUCACCGAGGACUUCGCCGACGCCUCUAUCCCCGUCUUCUUCUCCGAAUACGGCUGCAACGAAGUCCAGCCCCGCUACUUCACCGAAGUGGAGGCUCUCUACGGCCAGCAAAUGACCCAGUCCUUCUCUGGCGGUCUCGUCUACGAAUACACCCAGGAGGAGAACGACUACGGUCUCGUCCAGAUCAACGACAACAGCACCGUCACACUCCUCGUCGACUACGACAACCUCAUGGCGCACCUCCAACACAACCCAGACCUCUGCCAAGCCCCCAAGUGCGACUCCUCCCUCAUCACCAACUCCACCUUCACCGACUCCUUCGAUCUGCCCAAGAGACCCUCCAAGGUCCAGAACAUGAUUGACAACGGCCUCUCCGACGCCAACACCGGCAAACUCGUCGAGGUCAAGAGCACCGACAUCAAGCAGAAGAUCUACAACGCCAACGGCCAGGAGAUCACUGGCAUCAAGCUGAAUAUCCUGGCUAGCGGCGAGUCCAAUACCCCUGGUGCUCACAGCUCCGGCUCUACUUCUGGCUCUUCCGGCUCCGGCUCGAGCGGCAGCUCGUCUUCGUCCGGCUCUGACAAGAAGGAGGGUGCCGCUGGCACGAUUUCCGUGCCCUUCGUUGGCCUGCUGUCUGCUGCGUCGUUCAUGGCGUUCUUCAUGCUUUAAUCGGUUAAUAUUCUUGUCUACUGGUUUGUAUUCUCGCUAAAUAUUUGAGAACUUUUGUCUUCGUCCAGGCGGUCCUGUAACCUCGCCGCGUCUUGGGGCUUUCAAACACAGUGCAUUCUUGUGCAGAACAUAUAGAUCAAGCUCUGAUAUAGUUUGCUUAUGCGACUUGGCUUUAUUUUUGUAGCUAUGACGCUUUGUUACCUUAUAUGGGAAUUUCAUAAAUUCGAUAUUUGCUAGGAAAUCCUAGUACAGAGAGAAGGUCAGAUCGACGUUCGGAAUUGGGUCAUAUUGAUUGUAUGAAUUUGGAUGCAGCUGUAUGUAUGCCUUAUGCUUUGUCGAUAGGGCAUGUGAAAAUGCUCAAGAUGAAGUAGUCAAUGUAAAGGAUUAGUACGAUCUAAUGAU